ACAGAGAGAGAAAGAGACACACAGAAAGAGGAGGGAGAGAGAGAGGGGGAGCGAGAGAAGGAAAAGGAGGAGGAGGAGGAGAGCCACAGAGCAAAACACAUACAUCGCUGCUACUCUGACAUCUCCCCUCGUGAGCGUCUUUCAGUGCUUGUGAGCACAAGAAGAGGAGAGCAGGCAGGGAGGAAAACAAAUCCUGGGAGCUUCUUUCCUCCCUUUUGCCUUAUUUUCCCCUCUUUUUUUUAUCCCUCCGCCAUCCGAGGCUUGAAGGCGAGUGUCAGCUGGCAUGGCAGAAUAAAAUAAAGGGAUGCUUUGAAUGCUGCCUCUCUUUCAACAAGGGACAAGGGAGAGGAAGGGGGAACAACAUACAGUGGGGGCAAAAACAGGAUUUCUAGAAUGAAUGGGAGUCCUUCCGCCGCAUGCGCUGGGAAUAGCAGUCAGACACUGAAGUCUCUGAAUGAGGGGCCAGCCCUGAGGACGUGAAACUGGACAGGGUUUGGAUGUCACCGGUGACACAGCGGCCGCGCCUGAGUUCCACUCCGUUUGGCCAGCAGCCGCUGCACACAUCUCGACUCUCCAAACGCUACCAUUAAGGGAUGCUUGAGAGGAAGAGGCCAGGAUUGUGACAGUGCCCGACACCACCAUCACAGGAGUGAAAGAAACACAGAGGAGGAGCCCUUGCUACUUCCAGGCGGGGCAGAGAGCUGCUUGUUCCAGUUUGGCACUGCCUGUCUGCGUGAGUAGAGAAGGCAGAGGAAGGGGAACAGGAAAUGGAUGGCUGACGUGCCAUGGAGGAUGUAAACUCUACGUUGCUCGUCCAGAAUGCAGUGUGGCCAUCCCAGCUGCGCACCGCCAAUGGUGCCAUGAUCCAGUUAUAACUGUGGGUAAUGCCGAGCCACAUAACCAAUCCUGGAGAUGCCGAAGAGAAGAGAUAUUCUUGCCAUUGUGUUGAUCGUGUUACCCUGGACUCUGCUCAUCACUGUUUGGCACCAAAGCGCUAUCGCUCCACUCCUCGCCAUCCGCAAGGCCUGUCACCACCUAGUAAAAGAGAUCUUUAUCAUACCAGAGAGGCUUGCAGUCCAGCGCCACCGGCUCUCAGAUGAUGGCAUCGAGGGCAAGAAGGAGGCAGGUGGCCAGGUGCAGGACUCCAAAGAAUACUGUGCCUCGGAUAAGGACAUUGUGGAGGUGGUGAGGACAGAAUAUGUGUACACGCGGCCGCCACCUUGGUCCGAUGUGCUGCCCACCAUCCACAUCAUCACCCCCACAUACAGCCGGCCGGUGCAGAAGGCAGAGUUGACACGGCUGGCUAACACCUUCCUCCACGUACCCAACCUGCACUGGAUCCUGGUGGAGGACUCCCAGAGGCGAACGGCUCUCGUCACACGGCUCCUCCGAGACACGGGGCUCAACUACACCCACCUAAAUGUGGAGACGCCCAGGAACUAUAAGCUGCGGGGUGACACUCGGGACCCCAGGAUCCCGAGGGGCACCAUGCAGAGGAACCUCGCCCUGCGUUGGCUGAGGGAGACCUUCAACGCCAACAGCAGCCAGCCGGGAAUCGUCUACUUUGCUGAUGAUGACAACACGUACAGCCUCGAGCUGUUCGAGGAGAUGAGAUCAACCAGGAAGGUUUCAGUGUGGCCCGUGGCUUUUGUGGGUGGCUUGCGGUACGAGUCGCCCAAGGUCAAUGCAGCUGGAAAGGUCUACGGGUGGAAGACGGUGUUCGACCCCCACCGACCCUUUGCCAUCGACAUGGCUGGCUUUGCCAUCAACCUGAGGCUCAUCCUCUUCAAGCCACAGGCCUACUUCAAGCUUCGGGGGGUGAAAGGAGGGUACCAGGAGAGUAGUUUGCUCCGGGAACUUGUCACGCUCAAUGACCUGGAGCCUAAAGCAGCGAAUUGCACUAAGAUACUUGUUUGGCACACAAGAACAGAGAAACCUGUCCUUGUCAAUGAGGGGAAAAAAGGAUUCACAGACCCCAACGUGGAGAUUUGAGUGUUUCCUCCAGACUAUGGUAAUUGGCCCUGGACCCUGGAAGGAAAAAUCAAACAAACAAACAAGCAUAAAACAACAAAAGACAAAACAAAACAAAACAUUAAAAAACAAAAACAAACAAACAAACAAAACAAAAAAAACAGAAGACCAGAGUAUCUCGCUCAGUGCAAACAGCACUCACGUCUUAAUCAUAUGAGAAAAGGACUGCCUUCGAUAGGGGAUUUAAUCCUCUUGACUGAACAGUAACUCUUUUAAUAUAUGGAUUAAAACAGUACAAAUGUAUCAUAUUAAAGCACAGAUUAGUACAAGAUGGCAGUAUUUAUCAGGUCCAAGUGUUGCCAUUAUGGGUGCAGUGAAGAGGACAUGAAGGGACGCGCCAGUGGAUCAAUGCGGACAGAUGUGCUCUGCGCCUGCAUGGUACUGUAACCCACUGACAACAACCUGACACAAGAGACAGCACAACAGCGACGCAUAAAGCCAGCGAAUCAACCAAACAAGCGUGAGCAGGUUAAAGAAAACCCCCAUCCCUCCACCUUGAAAAGAACAAAACAAAACAAAAAAAAAUGCACGCAUGG